UCCGUGCGAUAGUCAGCAUGUUGUUCAUACCUGCUCAUCAUAACCUAACAUAACAUGGCGCAGACGGUAUUGUGUGUAGUGCGUAAUUAAAACACUAUAUAAAAUUAAAAUUAAAUGGCAGAGUACGAAAAACCGGAAAAACUAAAUCUAAACGGUAAUGUCGAAUCAAACUUUGAAUUGUUUCGUCAAGAAGUCGACAUUUACUUCACGGCCAAUGAAACGUACAAAAAAUCGAAAGAAAUUCAAGUUGCCAGACUUUUAAAUAUAAUGGGAGCUGAAGCUAGGAAGAUUUACUUCCAAAUAAAAGACUCCAUAGAAGAACAAACAGUAAGUGCGAUAUUGGAUGCUCUAAAAUCACGGUGUAUACCAAAAAGGAAUUUGGUUAUGUCGCAAUUCAAAUUCUUCCAACGGAAACAAGUCACAGCGGAACCAUUUGACAAAUUUUACACGGAUCUCAAGGAACUGGUAAAAAAUUGCGAGUUCAAAGAUGCAGAGAAUCAAUUAAUGUGCACUCAAAUAGUUUUGGGAAUACAAAACAAAGAAACACAACAAAAACUUUUGGAGAAUAAUAUGGAUUUGGAGAAAACUGUUCAAUUUUGUCAAUCAAUCGAGUUAUCGGAAAAAAGCAGACAAGAAAUUGAAACAACAACAGUAACAGCCAAUGGGAACAUGUCAGUAUACAGAGUGAAAUCAAACUAUCAAUGGCAACAAAACAACGGUAAAGGUAAACAAUUUAGUAGAAAUAACAGAGAUUAUGUAAAUUUUAAUAGUAAUAUUAAUUAUAAAAAUAAAAGCAAUGUCAAAUAUUUAUGUAAAAAAUGUAAUCGUGAACAUGGGCCAAAAAAUUGUCCUGCUUAUGGUAAAAAGUGCAAUAAGUGCUCAAAAAUUAAUCAUUUUUCAGUAGGGUGUAAAAAUAAAAAGGGUAAUGUGAGAGUAAUGGAUUUAAUAGAAACAGAAAAUUUAGAUAAAGUACAAGAAAUGAGUAGUGAAGAAGAGUACUUAACUGUAAAUAGUAUUAAUAAAGACAGGGUAAAAAAUAAAAUCGAUGACAAAAAGUGGUUACAAGUAAUAAAAAUUAAUAAUCUUAAUGUUGAAGUGAGGUUGGACACAGGUGCGGAGGUAAGCAUAUUACCGUAUAAUAUGUAUAACAAAUUAAAUCCAAAGCCUAUAAUAAACAAAUGUAAUAUUAAAAUAGAAACGUUUGGAGGUUUUUUAAUAAAACCAUUGGGAACAGUAUGGGUAGAGUGUCAGAUUAAGAAUGGAAAAACAGUAAAAGGAAAUUUUAUAGUUGUUAAUGAUAUAAUAAUUCACGAUGAGCGAGAAAAGAAAAUUGAGACUAUUUUAGGUUCAGAAAUGUGUGAAAAAUUAGAAUUGGUUAAAAGAAUAACAUUGAUAAACAAAGAAAAUAAAUUUAUGGAAAAGAAUAAAGAUGUAUUUUCGGGGUUAGGUUUAUUCCCUGAAAAAUUUAUUUAUUUUGAUGACAUCUUGAUAAGUGCGAAUACAAAAGAGGAGCAUGACGCUAUACUAGAACAGGUUAUACAAGUAGCGAGAGAAAAUAAUAUUAAAUUUAAUAAAGAAAAAAUACAGUAUGAAAUGAAUGAAGUAAAGUUCUUAGGAUUUUUAUUUAAUGAAAGUGGAAUGAGGCCUGAUCCAAGUAGAGUGGAAGCAAUUAAUGAUUUGAAAGAUCCAACAAAUAAAACUGAAUUACAGAAAAUAUUAGGAAUGAUAAAUUAUUUGAGAGAUUUUAUUCCGAAUAUGUCACAAAUAACGUCAGCUUUAAGAGAAUUACUAAAAAAAGAUAGAAUUUGGUGCUGGAAUGAAAAACAUUCGGAUGUGCUUAAAGAAGUGAAAAGGUUAAUGUGUAACGCAGUAACUUUAGUUAACUUUGAUCCUAAUGAAAAAAUAGAGAUACAGUGUGAUGCUUCACAAGAUGCGAUAGGAUCAUGCUUACUGCAAAAUAAAAAACCGGUAUGUUUCUUGUCCAGAUCGUUAACAGAAACAGAGAAAGGUAAUUUCAAAGAUAUAGAUAUAACCUAA